AUGUCGCAACAAACCGUCAUCCGCCUCUCCGGAGAGCGCAAUUCGAUCCAAAACUACAGGGCUUUCAAGGAGGCCAUCCCCGUACCCGCCAAACAUGAAGUUUUGAUCAAGAUUCACGCUGUGUCUCUGAAUUAUCGUGAUGUUGGUGUCGCGCUCUCUGGUUACCCGUUUCCUGUGAAGGAGAACGUUGUCCCUUGCUCUGACGCUGCUGGUGUCAUCGUCGAGGUCGGUGAGGGUGUUAAGAAUGUCUCCAAGGGUGACCACGUCAUCAGCACCUUCGACCCUACCAAUCUUUAUGGCCAGCAGAUGAACUGGGACAAUGGCCUUGGCGCCCCUGUUGAUGGUGUCCUCCGUGAAUACCUUACCGUUCCUGCUGCAGCUGUAGUCCAGGUUCCUAAGGACUCACCCCAGAGCUUCUCGGAGUGGUCUACCCUAGUCUGCACAGGCGUGACCGCGUGGAAUGCCCUCUACGGCAAUGUUCCAUUGAGACCCGGCCAAAUUGUACUAUGUCAAGGAACCGGUGGUGUUUCUAUCACAGGAUUGAUUUUGGCGAAGGCCGCCGGAGCCAUCACGGUUGUGACAUCCUCCAGCGACGAGAAACUCGCAUUUGUGAAGGAGAAGUACGGGGCAGACUACACUGUCAACUACAAGACCCACCCUGAGUGGUCCAAGGAGGUCUUGAGACUCACUAAUGGUGGUGUCGACUAUGUCCUCGAGAAUGGUGGAUCCGGAACUAUCGCUGAGAGCAUCAACUCCGUUAAAAUGGGCGGCAACGUGUCCGUGAUCGGGUUCCUCUCGCAGGCCAAGGAAAUGCCUGAUGUCGCUAGUCUUGCUCUUUCCAAGGGAGCUGUGGUCCGUGGUGUGGUCGUUGGAUCUACCCAGCUUUUGCAGGAGCUUGUCCGAUUUGUCUCCCGCAAAGGUCUUCGUCUGCCGGUCAACAAGGAAUUUGGCUUUUCCCAGGAGGAGACCAUCAAGGCCUUUGAGUAUAUGACUUCGGGUGCCCACAUCGGCAAGGUCUGCAUCAAAGUCAUUCAGUAA